GUGAGACCGAUAUUGAAAUAUUUGGUUGGAGAAAAGAACAUUUCAUUUUGAAUCAUAUAAUGAAGAGUUACGAGGAUAGAGAUGAAACUAUGUCUUGUACGGAAGUUUCUCAACCUAAUAAUAGUAUGAAUAUAAGCGAUUCUUAUAAAAGACACCAUAAGAAAACUGGUAUAGGAUGUUAUCAUCAUUCACCCUUUAUUCAACAACGUGUAGAGCCCUCUCUCACAUCAAACCAUAGUUGUGAUAUAUGGGAAGAAGAAAAGAAUAGUCCGUGGCUUUAUAGUACAGAACAAUUGACGUAUUCUUCCGUUUUAUUUCAAAGGCGUUUAUCUCAACAAUGGAUGAACUCGUCAACUCCUCCUCCUCCUCCUCCUUCUCCUUCCUUAUCUUGUCCCCAUCCAACUAUUCAACUAGUAAACAAAAAAACUCCUUGUACUUAUCAAAUGAGUUAUCUUAUUGUAUACAUGUGUGCAAGUGCAACUUUAUUGGCAACAGGUAUUUGGUGUUGGGUAACAUUACCUUCUUCCAAGUUGUUAGAGUUGAAAUGGAAUACUCUUUAUACUCUCCUGUUACGGCACAGCAAUAUAGUUGCCAUCGUCAUGGGAGGUUUUCUAUUGUUGUGGAUAUUUGUUAUGGGAAUGUGGUUAGCUAACAAAAGUUAUAAGCUUUGGGUGAAGAUAAGUUAUUGGAUAUGGUUAUUUUUUACUUGUUGUUUAACUACGAGUUUUGGAAUCAUGAAUUGUUUCAUCAUGAGUUACUCUGUUCUUUCUCAUUCUGGUGAAAAUAUGUGGAAACGAAUGAUAUCCAAUGGACAAGAAUCGAUAUUAUGUAAUAUACAACAACAUUAUUAUUGUCAAGGAUGGAAUAGUCAAGUCGAUGAAACUUUGUCAUGUUCUUCUUCUACAGUAAGCACUCGACCAUUUUGUGCUACAGUGAUCUAUUUAUUGUUACAACAUUAUUUUCUUCCUCAAGCCUUUGCUUUUCUUAUGGUAUCCUUAAUGGGUUGGAUAGAACUCAUUUCCUUUAUUGUCAUACACGAGAAAUAAAUAAGCCAUAGUGGUUAAUAACCUCUUCUGAACCAAGAAGGAGGUGGCCACUGAGGAGGGUCAUAACCAUACCCUCCAAAAGGCUGACAACGAAUCAAUCUCCAAAUAGUUAAUAUAAGGCCUCUUUCAACUCCAAACUGUUGAAUAGAUUGAACAGCAUAUUCACUACAGUUGGGAAUAAAGCGACAAGCACGAGGUAAGAGUGGAGAAACAUGACGCUAAUCCAAUUACUAUUAUAUUGUCUCUGUGCAAUAAAAGAAAGAACUUUGUCACUACCUUGUAUAGAAAUAAACAACCAAGUAUGAAGCGCUCAGUAGUACGAAAGAGACUCCAUACAAGAAAAGGAUGAUCAACAGA